GUCAGGAGGUUCUCCUGCUGCGUCAUGUGACUGUCCUGCUGGGAACCAGAGAGCAGCGGGGAAAACGAAGAUGUCUCACUCUGAUCGCUGUUUGAAGUUUGGUUAAGCAAAAUAACUGGAAAAUGGUUUAUGCUGGUUCAACAUGUGACUCACUGAGGAAGGACCUUCUACUGUGGAGGAUGGAACAAGUCAUAUCUACAGAAGCCAUGUGAAUGGAUGAGAUGGAGCAGAACAGGGCAGCUGAAAGUAGUGGCUGUAGAACCGAAUAUGGACACGUUUAAGUACCUCGGGUCAACCAUCCAAAGCAACAGGAGAGGUGAAGAAGAGAAGGCAGUCAGUGGAUGGAGAUGAAGAUGGUGGCGGGAGCUGCUAUGAUAAAUGUGGCACCAACACACAGAAGGUGGAGCUUGGAGAGUGGAACAUGCGUUUUACUGGGAGUGACCAAAAAGGAUUGAAAUUAAGUGGUACAGCUCAGGUUGGAGACAACGUUAGAUAGACUUGAUGCAGAGGGGAUAAACUGGACAGAGGAUGUUGAAGAUGGAGCUGCCAGGAUGGAGGAAAACAGGAACACCACAAAGAGGGUUUCUAGCCGUAGUUAAGGAGGAUAUGCAGAGAGCUGGCAUGGCAGAGGAGGAUGAUGGGCAUAGAUGCGAUGGACGGAGAUGAUCCAAAGGGAGCAACUAGGGGUCACCUCAGGGAACCUUUAGAAGGGGAGGCAAGAUGAGGGUCACUGAUAAUCUUUGGAUGGAACAUCAAACUUAAAAGGUCAUGAUAGAAUUUACCAUACUGUUAUUAUAAGGAGGUGGGUGAUGGGCAAAUAAAUAAAUAUAUGUUGCAACUCACUGGCUUUUUAAAAAAGACCCGAGAGUAUCCCUCUUGUUGGAAGCAUUUUGAGCAGCUACAAGAAGAGGAAGAUAUACAAAUUAUUUCCAAAGGGAAUUGAAUGCUGCAGUUUGCUACCAGGUAGUUUUCUCAACUAAGAUGAUCACCAACCAAUAAUAACCAAAAAUAUUCUUCAAAAUGUUCGCUUGUUAUCAAAUGUAUUACUUGUGACAAACUUUUUUAUUGAGUAUAAAUUCAUCAGAUGCUAUAGACGAUCUAUGUUUCCUAACGUCCCAACGAUUGAGGUGUUUCCGCCGGAUCGUUUUCAGGGGAACACAAACAUCCGUCUGUUCAACCUGCAGAAAUUAUAAACUGCGUGUUAAAAAGAUAAAAAUAUCAGUUUUUCUUCAAAGGAUUUUUUAAAACACGGAGAGAGGUCACCUCCACCCAGUGGAUGUGUCACUAACUCGGCGUUUUAUCGUCUGCCGGAAAUCUUUAAGUUUCUGUUUUUGUAGUUCAGUAAGCAGCAUGGAUGCUAGCUGGGAAACAGUUGCUUCCAGUGAGGACGAAGAGGAGCUGGAGAACCGGACUCAGGAGGAUGAUUUGGACCUUGAUUUGGAUGUGGAGUUGGCUAAAAUGACGGUUGAAGACCUGAUCUAUAAAGUCCAGGCUGUGCAGACGGACAGCAUGACGACGGAGUCUGGCAUCAACACAAAGCCAGACUGGGAGAGUGAGGUGGCUGCCGUAUUCCAGUAUGGCUCCCAGCUGAAGGAGCGCUAUGAGCAGCUGCAGAAGGAGCAGGAGGAGGAGAAGGAGGUACAGGAGAGGCACAAAGUGCAACUGAAGAAGAGGAUGGAGGAGGGCAUCCAUCAGCACCAGACUCAGCUGGAAAAACUGGAUUCCCUGCGAGUGAAGCUGCAGCUCAACAACUCAAAGGCCACCAGGAAGAGCUUCGAGAGCAAGAAACGGGAGCUGAUGUUGGAGAGGAACAGAGCAGAGGAGGAAAGGAACAGACUGGCCCGGGAGCUGGAGGAGAGCGACAAGAAGCUGACAGCACUCACCGAGGAGCAGAGCGAGGAGCAGUGCAGGUGGACGGAGGAGCUGGAGCAGCUGAGGAAGGAGAUGGAGCAGGUGAAGAAGGAGGCGGAGAAGGCCCAGCUGCAGGCCUUAAGGGACGAGAUUACAGCCGUGGAGAAGCAGAGAGAUGUGGCCAUGUCUCGGAUUGAGGCGUGGCUUAAAGAGGUGGCGCAGUACCUGAAUGUUCUGCAGGUGGAGUUCCCUCAGCAGUACCACCACGAUCGGGGGAAGUGGGAGAAGAAAGAAAGUUUGGUUCGGAAGAGCCAAGCUGAGCUUCAGAACCGCUUCCAGGAUGUUCUGCAGCAACUGCAGCAGGGUCGGGAGUUGGAGUCGCUCCCCAGGAUCAAUGUGCCGUCCCUGCCUCAGGUCCCCAUGGGGGACCUCAGGUUCAAACAGGUGAUGCAGUCGGUGGUCCAGUCCCCCAUGAUGCCUCCUCCACCCCCCCUCUAUCAGCCCAUCCCUCCACACAGAGACCCACAUUACUAUAACCCACGCCACAGUCAGCCCCACCCUCGCCACAUGAUGUACCGAGGCCCGGUCCACCCCCCGCAUCUCCAUCCUCCACCUCACAUGUACUUCCAGCCCCACUCAGCACCACGUCACCAGCCUCCACCCCAUUUCCAGUCGGCUCCACAGCAUCAGUUCCACACCAGACCCCCGGUGAGGGUGACUCCCCCUCCCAGUGUGUCCCCAUCUCCACCAGUUCAGCCUGUCCACCCCGUGGUUCCCUCCCCGCCUCCAUCUGCUGCUUCGGCUGCUACGCCUCCGCCUGCCCCCUCUGCUGCUUCGGCCCCAGCUGAAAAACUGGAGAAGCUUCUGGAGAAGCUGGGAGCGAGGUUCCCGCAGUGCAGCAAGGCUCAGCUGAUGUCGCUGCUGCAGCAGGUGAAGAGCUCCCGCGGCACGUUGGCCGGGAUCACCAUGGAAGACCUCAUCGAGCAGAUCGGCUUCAAGCUGAGCCAGAGCGAACGCCUGGCCCCGGGGCCCAUCAGCCGACCCGCUCCGGGGCCCAUCCAGAGGCCGACGCCUCCCCCGCAGAGACCCGCUGCAGCGGCACCUUCUCCUCCAGCUGGGCCCCGGAAACUCUGCCUCAUGUGCCAGAACCACGUUGACCCGGAGAACCGGUACCCGCUGAGCUGCUCCCACACCAUCCACAGAGACUGCAUCCAGAUGUGGCUCCAGUCCAGCAAGAACAACUCGUGUCCGUUCUGUCCAGGGAAGUGACGGACCGCUCCGCAGUUUGAUUUAAACAUGUUUUGGGUUUUCUGUCGAGUUAUUGCUGUUAUUAAAUCAUUCAGAAGCAAUAAACGAUAAGAGAAGAUUUUAAUUAUUUCAGAUGAUUUUUAACAAGCUCAGAUUUAUUAAAACAUUUGAUUAAA